AUGAAUCGUACGGGUGGGUCGGUAUAUGCACAUGCGCUAUCGCAGUUUGCUGUUUGCAGACAGCCAUGGAAUGAAUAUAUUGGCCUUCUCACAAAGCAGGACUCUACACCUUACCACACAGAACCGCAAGAAAAACCAGCAUACAGGGGUCGCAAGCAAGGGCGGGAGGGAUGGCUUUUUGGGCAGCAGGUGCAACUGCACUAUCACCGCUUUCCCGACGAACAACUCAUCACAAAUCUCUCUCGUUGGCGCACCGGUGAGACGGUAGGAGAUAUUGCCAUGCAACAGUUCCGCAAUGCACAACCAUUCGACAUUGAAGAUAAGGACCCACAAGGGGUGCAGAGACCAUCACCUGAAGUUUAUAUGAAGCUUAACUACAAGAAUCCCGCCACCAUAUCUCGUUUCUUAACUAGGACGGGUCACAUGUACCCGGCUGACAUUCUUCCACUCAACCCUGAGGCUGUAGUAAAGCUUCGCGUAGCGAAGGCGCAGGCCAUUCGCAUUGGCCUCUACCCACGCUUUGGAAACCCUUUCUGGUUUCGCUCGCAAAAAUUCAGACCGAAGGCGUACCAGGAGAAUUAUGACCCGACGACGUACUCCACAAAGCGCACCGUUGAACAUUUUGCGUAUAACUGGGUCCAAACCGACCGCAUACGGCGCUAUUUUAGGGAACUUGAGGCUGUGCACACGAGCGGUUCUGCCAGUGCCCGUGGCAGUGGUGGUGGCACAACGGCAGAGCACAAGCAGCAGGAUCAGUUUUACUCGCCCGAGAAUCAACCGAUUUCUCUGCAUCGGAAUAAUAUAUCGUACAUGGAGGAUGUUGGGCGCUCAGUGAAGAAUCCAACCGUACCGGGACUCAUGUCGACAAAAGGUAUGAAGAAGAAGUUCCACAAUCUGUAUUCCUCAACAUCGACGAAGCGCAUGGGUUUCUCGAACCCGACACUGGGUAUCAAGAAGGUGUAA